AUGAUAGUUAAUCAAAUUUAUUUUCCAACCUCGAAUAGUGAAGACGACGAAAUUGAACAAGUGUAUGACUCUUUAGAUGAACUGCUAGGAAUUUCUAGAAAUAGCGAUAAUGUAAUUAUUAUAGGCGAUUUCAACGCAGUAGUAGGGGAAGGAAAAGACAAUCAAAUAAUAGGCAAACAUGGUUUAGGAACAAGAAAUAUCAGAGGUGAAAGAUUAGUCAAUUUUUGUAAACAGAACAAUUUUUUAAUUACCAAUACAAUGUUUGAAGUACCGAAAAGAAGACGUUUUACAUGGGUAGCAUCAGGAGAUAUUAAUCGUUACCAAAUUAACUAUGUAUUAGUAAGGAGUCGUUUAAAGAAACAAAUAAUGACAGGUCACAGUUUUCCUGGUGUGAAAAUAGAUAGCGACCACAACCUAGUAGUGAUGAAAUAUAAAAUAGCACACAAGAAAAUUACAAAGCGACCCAAAUGUAACAUAUGGGACGUAGAAAAACUCAAAAGUGAAGAAACGAAACAAGAGUUCCAAAAUAAAGUUUAUAAUGGACUGAGAGUUGUUGGUACCGAUUCCCUAUGGGAUGAAGUGAUUAACAAUAUUCGACAAUUUGCUGUAGAAACAAUUGGAUUUAGAAAACUGAAUCCUAGGAAACCAUGGAUAACGAAUGAAAUAAAGAACUUAAUAAAACAUCGAAAUAAAUUAAGGAAGAAAGAUGAGGCGAUGUAUAAAAUAAUAAAGAACCGUAUUACUCAAAAAUGUAGAGUUGAAAAAGAGAAAUGGAUGGAUUUAACAUGCGAAAAUAUUAAAAUAAAUAUGACAGCAAAUAGAAUGGAUAAAAAAUAUGGAGUGAUUAAAAGAUUGUCAAGAUUAUCGAAGCUAAGAAGCAAAAUUGUUAAAGAUAAGAAUGGGAAACUGGUCCUAGAUGGAGGUGAAAUAGUAACGAGAUGGAAGGAAUACAUAGAAGACCUGUAUGAAGGAUUGAAAGGAGAAGACAUGAAUAUUGAAAAUAUAAUCGAGUCAAACAAAGAGGACAUAGGGCCAAUUAUAACAAAAUACGAAUUCAUUAAAGCACUAAGGGAAUUGAAAAAAGGUAAAGCAGCAGGUGUAGAUAACAUUUCGGCUGUAUUAUUAAAAUACGUUGGAAAAGAUACUGAACAUAAGAUAUUUGAAAUUGUUUGUACGCACCGUCGCGGAGCUGUUGAAAAAUAUUGA